AGAGAGAGAUUGACAACCAGGCCAACCUGGAAAGAUCACAAUACACAUAAACUGUUUGAUAAAAUACCAGAGAGAUUUAGGACUGCUUUGUACCUCUGUUUUUUCGAGUGUCCGUGUUGACAAAGCUGCCAAGAAUCUGGCCCAUCUUGCUUCGCACAUUCAGAAACAUCAACUGAACCAAGAUUAAGGAAAAUGUGAAGCGAAAAAGGUGUUCCUAAAAAGUUGGUUUUCAUGGGCCAACUCUGGAAAUUAGAAAAGAGAGAUAUUAUAGUAGGCGUAGGUGAAUAAUCAGGGUGUUUUUUUCCCACUUAUAUUUCAGUUUGUUAGACACUUUUUAACAGAACUUCAGAGCUCACACGUGGAGAAAGCCAUGAUUUUUGAGGGUUCAUCAAGGAUUAAAUUCUUCACUUUUCUGUUUCUGCUGCUUGGUUUAGUUGAAAAGGGGAAUUGAGGGUUCUUGCUUAGCUGAGAGAUGGCAGAGAAGAGUGUUUGAUGAGCAAUUGGCCUCAAUUCUUAUUUGGGCUGGUCUUAUAAUUGUUGGGUGAUGGUCUGAUGAUGGAUGAGAAGGGAAUGUCAGGUUCCAUCGCCGUCGUAUCCAAGGACAGGAUCGAUACGUUGUAUCCGAUGUUGUUUGGUGUUUCUUGUGCAUUUUUUGCUCUGAGGCUGCUGCCACAGCCUGAACUGUGUGAUGAUAAGUGGUCACUAGUUAGAACUAGAAUGCUUGAAGGGAGUAGUCAUCUCUUAGGAUUACUCGUGUGGAGGGUUCAAAGGGAUGAGGCGGAGAGUAUAAAAUCCGACCUUCUUCAGAAGCUCGCGGAUGCAGAGAAACAGGUUGAAGAAUUGAAGAAGAGAAGAAGCGAGGAUGCAAGAGCCAACGAGAAAGUUGUGAGAAUAGUUGCCACUCGGGAGCAGAGCUGGUCCGAUGAGAGAAAGAAGCUCAGGCAGCAAAUCGGCGGCCUUAUGAAUGAUUUGAGAGUUGUGAAGAUGAAGAGUGAAAGAUCAAUUGCUGAAUUGAAUAAAAAAUUGAAGGAAAAUGAAGCUAUUAUGCAUUUGAAAGACAAAUCCGUCGAGGAAGUGGAGCUCAAGAGAGUGGAAAUUGAAGGAAAAGUGAAGAAGGCUGAGAAUCUUGUGGAAGAGAUGAGAGAGAACGCACAGCGUGAAGCUCAACGCCAUGCCACUGAAAUCUUGAAGCAUAAGACAGCAUUCAUUGAGCUCGUAUCCAGUCAGAGACAGCUUGAAGCAGAGAUGAGUCGGGCUGUUAGGCAGGUCGAGGUAGCAAAGCAAGAGCUUGAUUCAGUUUUGGAUCAGAAAGAGCAGGCCGUCUUGAUGGCACAGAAACUGUCAAGGGAAAUUGUUAAAAUGCGUCAAGAAUUGGACCAGAAAGACCAGAUUUUGUCGACUAUGCUGAGAAAAUCGAAACUAGAUACAGCUGAGCUCUUAAAGGAAGUAAAAUCAUCCAAGACGAAGAGACAGCAAUCUGAGCUAGAAACAGCACGAUGGAAGACAGUUUCUGACUCUAAACACGAUAGGCAAUCAGUAAGGAACAUGUUGUCCAAGCAUGUAACUGUAAAGUCAGAUAUAUUCUCAGGCGGAAAAGGCGGGCAAUUUAAGGCUACAGUGUCACUGGAUGCUGGAAACCGCAGAAUAGCAGAGGAUGAUCAUCGCAAGUUUGAGCAACCAGAAGCUAAUCUAAUAAACGGCCCGUAUUUUACUGCACGGACUGAUGAACCACAGUCCAAGGUUGAUUUCGACCGCUUGGAGAACUGGGCGAACUCGGAGGCAGUGAUUGCACUUCAGCAAAGGCAUAACCUUGAAAUAGAUGCUUUUGUGGAUGAAUUAAGGCUCAAGGACGAAAAGUUGGAAGCUUUGCGUUGGCGUUUGUUGAGCAUGGAAAUAGAGUUCAAGAGGUUGCAGUCACACAUCGAAGGGACGGAUCAUGAGAUUAUACAGCUGAGGAAGGAGAACAUGAGGCUCGAAGCUCUACUGCUGGACCGCGAGACAGAAUUACAUUCAUUAAAAAAGCAGCUAUUGAUGCAAUUCAAUCCUCCAAAUCUCCAAAAGCUGAACUUCGAAUCCUCUCCACCCGACGCAGCUGUGGAACAUAACACGGUAUGGUCGAGCGUCAAGGUCAUCAAAAGGAAACCAGGGAAGCGAAGGCAAGAGAUGAAGGUUACUACGGAAGAAAUUCCUCCAGCAGCCGAGAAUGAAAAGGUGCAUGAAAUUCCGGCUGAUGAGCAGCUCAAGGAUAUAGUUCUGACGCUUAAAUACCCGCAUAAGGAGAUCCAAGAUGGCAAAGCUGCAUACCUAGAACCUAAUCAUGUCAGACAGGGAAGUCUUGGUUCAGAUGACACAGCGAAUGUCGAAACAACGACAUCAGCAGGCGAAGGAACAAGUAAAAAAAGUAACUCUACGUUGAAGUUGGAUAUCCAUGCUCUUGGAGUCUCGUACAAGAUCAAGAGACUCAAGCAGCAAUUUCUAAUGCUUGAGAGGUUGAUGGGGAAGCAAGAAGACAGCAAAAACAACAACACAGAUGUUGCAGUGAAGGCAUUAUAUGCCUUCACAUCACUCCUAAAUAAGCAGGCUGAUCGAUACCAGUCACUUCAGGGGAAAAUCGAUGAACUCUGUCAAAGAAUGGAUGAGAAAAACCUGAAUCUGAGCUGCCGGGGCUCUGCUGUUGCAAGAACAGACGAUGAAACCAAAAGGCUUGAGCACUUUCUUGAAGAAACCUUUCAAUUACAGAGAUAUACAGUUGCCACAGGACAAAAACUGAUGGAGGUUCAAACCAAGAUUGCCUCUGGAUUUGUUGAUUUUGCAGAAAAGAUCGAUCAACCUGAGAGCUUCGACAUGAAGAGAUUUGCAGAUAGUAUCAGAACACUCUUCAGAGAAGUUCAGAGGGGCCUUGAAGUUCGAAUUUCUCGAAUUAUCGGUGAUCUUGAGGGAACCCUAGCAUGUGAUGGUAUCAUACAUCUCAAAAAAUAGCAUGGAAACUGUUAAUAAUGAGAGGAUGAGGCCAAUAGUAUAGUUUCUUAUGUCUCACUGUAGAAUUUCUAAUGUAAUGCAAACACUGGUAGUCUACCCAUUUUCAGUCUUUUCUAAUUUUUCAUUUCACAUAUUA